GGGCUGCCCCAGGCUGCAUGCUGGGAUAUGCCCGAACCCUGGAGCACUAAACUUGCUGUAGUUUGAGCCAGGGGGACUAUAUUUCCCAGGUAGCGCAGGGUCGGAAGUAAACAACAACUUCUGGUGUUCAGGCCGAGCCGCCGUGGAUGGUCAGGAGGGAAUAAGAAGUCACUGGUUGGCGUAGGUCUCCACCGAGGCUGUGCUUACCUGACCUGUGCACACCAUGCAUGUGUCUGGAGAGGACUGAAGAGGGCACCAGAUCCCCUCAAGCUGGAGGGGAGGAAGCCUGAAGAAAAAUGGCCAGCUCAAAUUCUCAACACAUGGUCUGUGGGUCAGUGACAUUUAGGGAUGUGGCUGUUGACUUCUCUCAGGAGGAGUGGGCCUUCCUGGAUGCUACUCAGAAGAUCUUAUACAGGGACACGAUGUUGGAGACCUACAGCAACCUCUUAGCAGUGGUGGGAAGCUGCAUUUCCAAGCCAGAUCUGAUCACCUUACUAGAGCAGGAGAAAGAGCCCUGGAUGGCUGUGAAGGAAGAAACAGACAGGCUGAGCCCAGAUGUGGAGACAUGUUUUGAAGCUGAAAAUAUAUCUCCAGAGAAUCAUAUUUCUGAUAUAAAUUUACACAAACCGAGCAUAAAGCAAUUCAGUAAAACUUUUGACCUCAAAGAGUCUACUUUUAGUGAUAGCCCCAACUGUCAUACAUUCCAUGGACUACAGGGUUAUCAAGAAGGAGAUGCGGAUGAAAAGGUUACUAACAAGGAAGAAAUGCCUACUUAUACCUGCCAGACUCUUGCUCACAACAUAGAAAAAGCAUAUGAAUGUAAAGAGUGUGGGAAGUGCUUCGAUUGUAGUUCAACUCUUACUCAGCAUCAGAGUAUUCAUACUGGAGAGAAGCCCUAUGAAUGUACGGAGUGUGGGAAGGCCUUCAGACUCCCCCAGCUGCUUACAAGACAUCAAAAAUCCCACAGUGGUGAGAAACCUUUCAAAUGUAACGAAUGUGGAAAGGCUUUUCAUCUUUCUGGCUUGCUUAAAUACCAUAAAACCAUUCAUACAGGUGAAAAACCUUUUGAAUGUGAAGAAUGUGGGAAGUCCUUCAAGCGUUUCUCCCACCUUGUUGAACAUAGGACUAUUCACGCUGGUGUGAAACCCUAUGAAUGUAGUGAGUGUGGGAAAGCCUUUAAACGUCGCUCAUACCUUAUGCAACAUCAGAAAAUUCAUUCUGGUGAGAGACCCUUCCAGUGUAAGGAAUGUGGAAAGGCCUUCACUGUUCUGGCUCAGCUCAGUCAACACCAGAACAUUCAUACUUCAGAGAAAUUUGAAUGUAAGCAUUGUGGGAAGAUAUUUAGUAGUGGUUCUUACCUUGUACGACACCAGAGUAUUCAUACAGGUGAGAAACCCUUUGAAUGUAAUGCAUGUGGGAAAGCUUUUAGGCUUCAGGUAUACCUUAAUGAGCACCAGAAAACUCACACUGAUGAGAAACCUUUCAAGUGUAAGCUGUGUGAGUCAGCCUUCAGACGUAAGUACCAACUUAGUGAACAUCAGAAAAUUCAUACCAAUGUGAAACCCUAUCAGUGCAAGGAAUGUGGGAAAUUCUUUCGUCGACGAUCAAAUUUUACUGAGCAUCAGAGUAUUCACACUGGAAAGAAACCCUUUGAGUGUAAAGAAUGUGGGAAGGUCUUUAGACUUAAUAUACACCUCAUUCGACAUCAGAGUUUUCAUAGUGGUAAGAGACCAUUUGAAUGUAAUGAAUGUGGAAAAGGCUUUCAUUUUUCCAGCCAGCUUAAUUACCAUAAAACCAUUCAUACAGGUCAGACACCUUUUGAAUGUAAAGAAUGUGGGAAGUCCUUCAAGCGUGUCUGCAGCCUUUUGGAACAUAGGGUUAUUCAUGCUGCUGUGAAACCCUAUGAAUGUAAUGAGUGUGGGAAAACCUUUAAUCGUCGCUCAAACCUCAUGCAACAUCAGAAAAUUCAUUCUGGUGAGAGACCCUUUCGGUGUAAGGACUGUGGGAAGGCCUUCACUGUUCUGGCACAGCUCACACGGCACCAGACUAUUCAUACUGGAGAGAAGGCAUUUGAAUGUGAUCAGUGUGGGUCAGCCUUCAGACUUCAGUACCAACUUACUCAACAUCAGAGAAUUCAUAAUGAUGUGAAACCAUUUCAGUGCAAGGAAUGUGGAAAGGGAUUUGUUCGUGGUACAGCUCUUAGAAUCCAUGAAAGAAUCCAUACUGGUGAGAGGCCCUUUCAAUGUAAAGAAUGUGGAGAAGGUUUUCAAUAUCAUUACCAAUUUCUCGGACAUUUUAGAAUUCAUACUGGUAAGAAACCUUAUGAAUGUAAAGAAUGUGGGAAGUACUUUGCUCGUGGUGGAGACCUUAAAGUACAUCAAAGAAUUCACACUGGUGAGAAACCAUACCAGUGUUAAGAAUGUGGGAAGGCCUUAAAGUUCAAAAUCAAGCUUGGUUUGAUGUGCUAAAAUCCAUAUUAAUAAGAAACGUUAUGAUGUAAGGUGUCUGGAAAGACCUUCAGUAAUUCUAAGCUGGCUGAAUUCAUACUGGAAAGAAAAUAUUAAUCCCACUGUUGGAGAAUAAGAGCACACCACAGUUUCAAGCCAAAUUUGAAAUAAGCUUUAAGUAAAUACUGGCUAGGUGAUGGACUCUCUGGCCAGGUCCAGCUUUGAGUUUCCAGAAAUAACCAUAAGUCCCACCUGGUGGGGACUUAGAAAAGCAACCCCACAAGGCUGCUGUAUUUUCCACCAGGUACAAGCAUGGGCAAGCACAUAAUCUGACUUAUUUUCUACCUGUGUACCUCCUGCCUACAUAUCAAAUCAGGGACCAGGGUACAUCCUAAUAUAUUUCCUUCUCGUGUACUUCCUCUCCAACUGUAAUCAAGCAUAUCUGGUGUAGUUGGGGCAAGCAGACUUGUUAAGGGGAAUGAAAAUGUGGCUUGUUAUUGCCCAUAAACAAUAGCCUUCAGUAUUUCAGUAAGUAUUUGACCUUGGGCAAGGGACUUAUAGGUUAGCAGCAUUUUUGUUCUAUGGAUCUUUUAGGCACAGUAAUUAAAACUUGAAAUGUAACUUUGGCUCACACAAAACCCUGUGAAAGAAAAGUGGAAAAUGUUUAGAUUUAGUUCAGCCUUUACUACACAUUGGAGAGUUCAUACUGGUAUGAAACCCUUAUCACUGUAAAUAAUGUGGAAAGACCUUUAAUUAGACCUCAAGCCUUCUUUAUAAUAAAAUAAUCCAUGCUAGUGUCAAACACUGACUGCAGAGGAAUGUGAGAACACAUAUAGAAUUAGCUCAGUUCUCAAAGCUCAUCAAAGAGUCCAUAUAGAUCUGAGACCCCAUAGAUGUAAAGACUGUGGGAAAGCCCUUAUCGUAAAUGGUGAGCUUAUACAAUAUCAGAAAGUCCAUGUUCAUCAGAAGUCCUAUGCAUAUAAGGAAAGUGGGCAUGCCUUUGUCUGGAAAUUUUACUGCUCAUCAGAGAACUCAUAUUGGCAAGAUUGUAACUUAAAAGAAUGUAGGAAGGACUUUAAUUUGCUCUAGGAUUUGGUCAACAUCUGAAUAUUCAUGUACUCUUCAUGCCAAAACACCGUUUGAGAAUGAGAGUGCAGGAAGUCUAUUGUUCAGACACUCUGUUCAGACUGUUCUUGACUUACUCUCUUUUUGUUAAUUCUACAAACUUAACCAAACACUAUUCAGUCAAUCUAGAACGAGUAGUUACUGGAACUAGGAUUAUCUGUAGUAUCUUCUUUGUCAUCAUUAACAUCCUGGGGCUCCUGUGAUUUUAGACUGGAUGUUUAUUUCUGCAUAGUUUGUUAAUGAUGAGCACAGAACUAGCCAAACUUGUGGAAAUGGUUAUAAUAAAUAUAAGUCCUUAAGAGUAUUUGUUUCAUUUUUUGUAAAGUAGCUUUUACAGUGUUCUUGCUUUUACUGGCAUUACUGUAACUGAUAUAAAAGGCAAGUUGUAUUGCAGAUAGUUAAGAAAAGCCUCAUGCAAUCCUCCAGUGUUAAAUUCAAAUACUUCUGGAUAAAAUCUGCUGGAUGAAAAGGUACAUGAAAACAUUUUCAUUCCUAAUCCAUUCCUUAAGCUUUUGUACAGAGACGUCAAAAACACAGCUGUUAGUGAAUAAGUACUCUUUACAGAAGUUAAAACACAUGUAGCUUUCAAAGGUAAAGUGAUGUAAUUUAUGCUCUCUGCCCAGAGAUUAAGAUAAAAUACAUUUGUGACAGGGCAAGACAGUGCAGUCUCCUCCAUCUCAUAUUUUGUGGAAAAUUACCCAACUCUAGUCUGUGAACCAGAGGUCAAGAUGCCCUUGCUAAUUUGUCAUGGCUUCUGUCAAACUGCCUGCAUGUGCAAACCACUCCUUUCAGCUAGCCUCUUGUCUUGGCUUCUGUUAAACUGCCUGCUUGUGCAAAAGCUUCCCCUGCAGCUGUUGAACAAAAUAACAGAAUGUAGUUUUUGCUUUUAGUAGGCCCUUACUCUAAACACUUGGAGCUAUACUUAGAUCACAAAUACCCGAGUGUAGUCCCAGACAACUGGAAUAAAGUCUUUCAGUUGGCUAAAA